AUGGCGACUAGCUCAGGCACAACGUCAAUCGCCACUCCGGGCCAGCUGUUGGGCCCGGCAUCCAAGUUCCAGCCCGGCCCAGGCACGCACAUCCACAACUCGAACCUGUACUCGUCGCUGCUCGGCGUCGUGCACGCCAGCCAGCCGGCCAAGCCGCCGGGGCCGUCGAAGCGGCUGACCAAGAUCACGGUACCGACGCAGACGCCGGCGGAGCUGCCCACGCUCUCCGUGUCGCGGACCGGCGUGUCGGAGAAGCGCGAGGUGCUGCCCGAGGUCGGCAACACGGUGCUGUGCCGCGUGACGCGCAUCACGCCGCGCCAGGCCGUCGUCGCCAUCCUCAUCUGCGGCGACACGGUGCUCGAGGCCGAGUGGCAGGGCCUCAUCCGCGUCCAGGACGUCCGCGCCACCGAGAAGGACAAGGUCAAGAUCUACGAGAGCUUCCGCCCGGGAGACAUUGUCCGCGCCGAAGUGAUCUCGCUCGGCGACCAGGCUAACUUCUACCUCUCGACGGCACGCAACGAGCUGGGCGUUAUCCUGGCAACGAGCGAGGCCGGCAACAAUAUGUACCCAGUCAACUGGAAGGAGUACAUGGACCCCGAGACGGGGCUGAGCGAGCUCAGAAAGGUCGCAAAGCCCUAUUGA